AUGGCAUUUAAAGUGCUUCCUUUUGGUCUAAUUAAUUCAGCCCAAAAAUACUUGACCGGAGAGGUCUUCAACUACAAAGUGAAUGCAACAGGUUCUUCACUGAAGAGGAAUCAGAUAUGGACCAUUGAGUUCACCAGGGAGGACUCCCCUAUGGUCCAUAUUAAGAGUUCCUUCAAUAGAUAUAUUGCUGCAGACAAGGAUGGCAAGAUCACCUGUGAUCAGGAGGCUCCCACUCCAAAUUGUGUCUUCCUCAUGAUGCUUCACCCAGACGGAAGAGUUUCCUUUCAGUCGGAGCCCUCCAAACGGUAUUUAGGAGGAAAUCAGGACAACAUAACAUGCUUUGCCCAGGCUAUCUCUGACAGUGAGAAAUGGCUGCCACACCUGGUCAUUCAUCCCAGUAUCAACAUGUUCAACCCCAGCAGGGAUAAUUAUCUCCGGCUGAAUGAGAAGACUGGACGAGUGUGUUGCGAUAAGUGCUUGCCCUGGGGAUCUGAUUGCGUAAUGACACUCUACUUUGACAUCAAAGAGAAAAAAUAUGCCAUAAGGACAAGAAAUGGAAGCUUCAUUGCAUUCAAUGGGAAGACUGAGCCUGAAAUCUCAAACAGGACAUUAUAUCAUCUACAGAUAAAGAAUGGGAUGAUCUGUAUGAAAGACAUGCAUGGAAAAUUCCUAUCUGUGAAGGACUACACUGUUAAAGCAAUCAAAUCUUUGAAUCCAACUGCAGAUGAACUAUUCAUCAUUGAUCCUGCUCCUGGGCAGUUCAGUAUCAUGUCCUUGUCCAAUAAGAAGUACGUGUCCUGCAAUGCUGGUCCAGAUGUCUACUCAAAUGUUGAUGAUGCAAAUAAUGCUGAAACCUUCCAAAUUAUGGUGCAUUCCACAAAAAAGAAAGUGUGCUUCCAACACAUGUCAAGCUAUUACCUUGCUGUUGGUGCUAAAGGCUUCAUUGAAGUCUCUACUGAGCUAGAAUUUAACUGCUGGUUUCAAAUAGUGUACAAUGGGGAAAAAGCAGCUCUAAAAACAUCAGAUGGGAGAUAUGUAACUGUGAACAAUGAUGGCCAGCUCUUGGUGGGGCCAAAUUCAAUUGGAAAGCAGGAGGAAUUUAUCUUCAGACUUGUCAACCGAUCACAGCUAAUACUUCAGAGUGAGUUUGGUUUCAUUGGCGUUAUGCCGGGGAAGCAGAUUUUGGUGUGUAACAGGCUCAUGUAUGAGGCAAGCAACAUAACUAUAACUUAUGAUGGUUUUUAUCAGUUCAAAAUAGUAUCUCUGGACAAAUACUGGAAAGUAGAUGAAGAAGGCUUUAUCAAUGUCACCGGAGAAGCUCCUGUCAAUUUCACCAUUGAAUUGAUCACUUCAGAUCAGAUAAUCCUAAAAGGACCCAAUGGAAAAUACAUUGUAGCAAAAUCUGAUGGCAGCUUCAAAGCUGUGGGAGAAGAUGCCAGCUCUGCCACGUUGUUCCGAUACUAA